CGUGCUCCUCAUCCCUUUCAUCCUGACCACCAUCAUAUAAAGCUUUCCACCUCGUGUUCAAGCUAGUUAUCAACCGCGAAACUUCACUUGCAAUCAACAAACUACUCUCCAAAAACCGAUAACCAGACGACAUGGUUCGCGGCUCUGACAUCCUUCUCAUCCUCGUAGCUAUCCUCUUCCCCCCCGCAGCAGCAGCGUUCAUCACCGGCUGCUCCUGCGACCUGCUGAUCAACAUCUGCCUUACAGUUUUGGGCUAUAUACCUGGCCACUUGCACGCUUUCUGGUUGAUAUAUAAGAAGAUGCGCGCUGAGGAGAGGUAUGGUGCUGGAGGGUAUCAAUACGUUGGAGCGGGACAGUAUCAGCCAAUCUUUUCGAGCCAGGCACCGGCGGGGGCUAACUAUGGAGCGACGAACCCCGACUGUCCCAUCCAAGUCAUCUCCUGGCCUUCCCCUUCCCCGCCGUCCAUCACCGAGCAAGGGAAAUCCGAGUUCAAGUUCUACCCCAAUUUCCUCCCACACCAGGAACAGAAGAUAUUGCUCCAAGCAUGUCUGGGGAAACUGGAUAAAGUGUUCAGGCCGACUGUGCAACAGAAGAGGAGGAGGAGGGAGGUGUUAAAGGAGAGAGAGGAGAUGAGUACCCUCGUGCGGGAGGAGAAGAGGAGGGAAAACCCCAUGUGGGACGUCUUCUUCCCCGAGGACUGUUACACGUUUGAGGAGGGACAUUUCGACUCAGUGAUUCGCCGGUUUCGCGAAGGCCCCAUAACAUUCUUCCCACCCGAAUCGCUCGACGCUCUCCAGCCCAUCCUCAACAAGCUCUACACACUUUCCCCUUACCCACAGGAGCAGCUCAUCCUCCAUGCAUUGCACCUCUCUGCCUCGGCAUACAUCGACGCGCAUGUGGACAACCUACAGGCGAGCGGAGGGAUGAUCAUGGGUGUUUCUCUUGGUGGGGAGAGGGUGCUGAAGAUGACGGGAGAGGGGGAAGAGGAGGGAAAGCAGUUCUGCCUUAGGGUGGGAGGGGGGGACGUUUACAUCACUCAGGGGGUGAUGAGGUAUAAGUUUAAGCAUGAGAUUAUGGAGAAGGGGGUGGUUGGGGGAAGGGAGAUGAUCGGUGGGCAGAGGUUGAGUUUGAUGUUCCGGGAUAAACAUACCGUUCCAACCUGAAAAAGAAUCCCGAUACCGCAUCCUAUAGUUUUCGGGAGACAGCUUAGAUAGUGGUACGCAGUCGCGGUGCGCUGUCACAAUAUCGCAUAGCAAAGAAUAGUGUUUUGUACGAUUGGC